AUGAAUUAAGAAGUGGAAAACAAGGAAGUUAAGGAUUAGAAAGACCAAAUUGAAUAAGAGUCUGAUGACAAUGAGAAGAAUGAUAAAAAGGAAUAGAUAUUACAAUAAGAGUAGAAGAAAAAGAAGAAGAAAAAUAAAAAGAAGAAGAAAUGGGGAGAAGAAGAGGAAAUUAUGACUGAUUUUGAUGAUGAUUGGUAGAAUAAAGUGAAGAUGUCUAAGAUAUUGCAAGACCCUGAUUUACCUCAGCACAUUAAAGAAAAAUAUGCAAUUUAUGAGAAUAAUCCUUAUAUGAUGAUAGUGUCAAAUGUACCCCUGAAUGUGUAAUUGAAGGAAUUGGAGGAAUAUUUUAAUACCCUUAUCACUUCACUUGACCCAAAAAUCACCGAAAGACCUAUCAAGGCUAUUGAAUAUGGGGCCACAAAGUCUUGGGUAGUUUUGGAAUGCAGUUCAAAGGAAGCUAAAAGAGCAUUAGUCACUUAAGAUUAGGUUCAAUUCGUUAAUAAUUGUAAAAUAAAAGUAGAGAGACCAAGAAAAUUUUUAGAAAGAAUUUUAAAUCCAUAAGCAAGGGAAGGGGAACUGAGUGCUGAAUAAAAAUAAGAAGACAACACUAGAUUGUAUUUGGGAGGAUUACCAACAUAUCUGAGAGAUGAGGAUGUGAUGAAACUCAUACAAUCAUUUGGAACAACUAAAUAUUUCAAUUUAGUAAAGGAUACUACAUCCAAUACUGAGAUUUCAAAAGGUUAUUGUUUUUUUGAAUAUGAAAACACUGGCUCCACUGCAAAGGCUUUGAAAGCACUCAAUAAUUUAUAGAUAGGAGACAAGAAAUUGAAAAUUUGUAAGGUCCAAGGGGAACCUUAAUAAAAUAAAAAAAUUAAUGGAAGAGAAUAGCCUUCUAAUUAUGCAGGUUCAUUUUUGGCUUCGUGUGAUUUAUUGCGAUUGCCUUAAAUAUAAUAGAUGUUAACAAUCCCUUAGUCUGCUUUGAUUCCAAGUAAGGUUGUGCAAUUUUUGAAUAUGUGCUCAGUUGAAGAUCUGUAUGAAGAUGAUCUAUACGAAGAAUUGAUGGAAGAUAUUAGAAGUGAAUGCAUUCGUUUUGGUUAAAUAGAGAAAAUAGAAAUACCAAGACCAGAUAAGGAAUCAGGCUUUUGUAAUCCAGCAGUAGGAAAGAUCUUUGUGAAGUUUUAUUAUUAAAUUCCAGCUAAGAAAGCUAAAUUUCAUCUUGCAGGUCGCACAUAUAAUAAGAGGACUGUUGUUACUUCUUUUUAUCCUGAGGAACAGUUUGACUAUAAGGAUUAUUUGAUAAACGGAUGAUUGCUUGAGUUUACGAUAUUUUAAUUAUUCUAUA